AUGUCAUGCUGUGGUCUCUGCGGACUUGGGUCGAGGGCAAGCGACUACGAGGAUGGCGACGCGCGCGACGACGGCGAGCGGCGCCCGCUGCUGGCCAACGGCGACGAAGAAACACAGCACCAACGGACGCUGCACCAGAAGCUGCACACGUACCAAAUGGUGCGGGCCAUGGGCAACGGCUACCUGCCGUCGACCACCCAGGCCGUGGCCAACUUGCGGCGGCUGAAGCGGUUUGGCGAGGCCCAAGGCGAACGGGGUAAUGGCCACAGCCGUCCCAACGCAGGACUCAGUCCCGCCGGCCAGCGCCUGUCGGCGCUUUCGGAGCGGUGGGUGGACCAGCUCAUCACGCUCGCCGAGCGCAAAAACGGCGGCGACCAGAUCCAGGACUUUGCGUGGUGUGUGCGCAGGGCGCGGCUGUCGGUGGACGUCGGCGUCGACGCGGACGACCUCGGGCAGCUGGGCAGCCGGGCAAUGUACCGCGCAGGCCAGGCGGCGGGCUACACCUCGGCGACCUACCAGAGCCUGCAGACGGUCGCCACCUUGCUGCUGACCAACGCACCCUUCCGCCUGUUCCUGGCCGACCUGGCGGCGGUCGGGCGCGACGUGUUUCGGGACACGGCGCAGUCGCUGGCGGCGGCGUCGCAGAAGGCGGCCGACAAUGUCGCAGAAGUGCCGGCAGACGCCGUCCAGGCCACCGCGCAUCCGCCAGAGCAACUAGAACAGCAAGAACAACCAGUGGACGGCGCAGAGCCGGCCAGAGAGACGGUGGCGGCGGUGGCGGACGAGGUGGUGGCGGGCGCCUCGCAAGUCGCGGCGGAUGCACAGCAGAGCGUCGCGGCCAAGCUGGUCGACAACGACGGCGGCGCACGAGAGCGGCUUCUGGGGCGCCUCAAAGAGGCAGUGGGGUCGCUGCGGCAGCGGCCCGACUAUGCGGAGUCGGUGUCCACGCUGACGCUCUUGAUCCAAAAGUACGCCGAGACCUACGUGCGCGCGGCCGAAGAGGUCGUGGAUGCCGUGGAAGAGGCCGUCGAUGAGGUCCGCGAAGGCGCCGGCACGACGGGCACGGUGACCACCAACGAGGAGGCCGACGUGGCGCUGCGCAACUUUUGGUCGUUCCUCACGUCCUUUGGCGACCCGGAGCACUGGACGAAGCUCGAGAGACAGUUCCGGGCGCUGCUGGACCGCACCAAGGGCGACAGCCAGCAGGUGGACGCGUUUGUGCGGUCGGCGGGCCGGACACUCCAAGACAUGCUGACCGACCCGGCGUUCUUUGACGACGUUGACGGCCAGCUGGGCGCCCUCAAGACACAGGGCGCCGAGCUCGACGAGCAGCUGUCGUCGUCCCAAACGACGUCGUCUACGUCCAUUCGCGAGGACGUGGACGCGCUGCUGGCGCAAUUCAAGACAACGCUGCAGUCGGUGGCAAACGACCAGGACGUGGCAUCCCUGGUGUCGACGUCGACGCGGAUGGCCGACAUCCUGUGGCCCGCGGCGGACGGGUACGUCAACACCGACCUGCUUGGCGACGCGGUGUCCGUGUACGUCCCGCGCCUCGUCCAGGCCGUCCAGUACGUCCCGGUCCCGCGGCUCGAGAUUGUGUCCCGCGACGUCGACCUGCUGCUGGAAGGCCUGGUGCUCGAGCCCGGCCGCCACCACGACGUCCAUGCGCCCGUGCUGCACAGCGGGGCGCCCACCGAACCGUCGUCCUUUUUGCCGCACCGCCUCCAGGUCCAGAUCCGCAACGACGUCGACAUCCACAGCACGCACGUCGGCCACCGCCACACCACCGGCGCCGCGGUCGGCACGUCCGCGUCGAUUCACGUGCGCGGGCUGUCGGUCGCCGCCGACGAUUUUGGCUAUGUCGUGCGGGUGCACGCCGGCCUCUUCCGGUUCCACGACGAGGGCAUCGCGUCGUUCCACCUGGACGAGCGGGGCGUCGACGUGCACUUGGAGGUGGAUGCUGUCCGCGGCACGGCCGACCGCCUGCUCCAGCUCAAGCGCGUGCGUGUGCACAUCCACCACCUCGGUUUCACGCUCCGGAAGAGCAAGUUUGCGUGGCUGGCGUGGCUGCUGACGCCGCUGCUGCGGCCGCUGCUGAAGACGACCCUGGAGAGGCAGAUUGCGUCGUCGAUUGCCGACAGCCUCGGCACAAUCAACCAAGAGCUCGUGUUCGCGCGCGAGCGGCUGCGAGCGGCGACCAUUGCCGCGGGUGGAGGCAGCAGUCUCGAGACGAUUGUGCCCGUGAUCCGGGCCGUCUUCUCCCGGUACAAGGCGUCCGUCGAGGAGAACCCAGACGUGGAUGUGUCGGUUGGUUUCCAAGAGGGCGCUACAGGCGUCUUUGACGGGGUGUACGCGCCGGGCAGUCUUGUGCGCGUGUGGCGCGAAGAGGCCGAGGAGGCACAGGCGCGGAUUGACGAAGAAGCCGCCAGCGGGGCGUAUGUGCACGAUGGCUGGCGCAACGGCAUUUUUGACGUACCCAAUGACGAGGGGUUGUAA